AUGGGGUGCUACCAUACAACAGCUUUUCGACAUCUCCAGAAUUUAAACCACCACAAAGAGACUGCUAGAUGGACAUCUCAUCAUUUGAGUGAAGCCGCUACGGACUGUCGUGUUAACAUCGGUCAGUCCCUCCUGCUCCGCCCUCAAAGAAAGGAUUUUCUCGGUGAUGUAAUUGCUGGAGGCAGCUGGGUCCUCUACGACGAUGUCAAAAGACGAGCCUUCUGGUUAUCGAAAGAACAAGAGCCGCCGUCUGAUCCCAAAGUGAACCGCCAUCAGCACAAGGUUAUAUUGUCUUGCUGGUUUGAUUCCCGGGUAAUGGUCUACUACGAGUUACUGCACAAAGGUGUUACGGUUCCCACAAGCGUAUACGUACAGCAGCUUGAAAAAAUGGCGGCAGCAGUUCGGGAAAAAUGA